AGUAAAAGGGAAAAUCCUCUGGCAUUCUCUCUCCUCACGGGCAUUAUUCUAGAUUUAAAGGAGUGAGCUGGCACCCCGGGCAGUUGAUGCCGUUCCCCGUUCUUGCCCACACGGGGAACCUAAUGCGAGCCGCCUUGCCUUGCCUUGCCCCGCCAGAGCAAGCACUCGCCGCCGAAAUGUUGGUUGCACGGCGGGACGGACAGCCCCACAUUGGGAAUGCUGGGACAUCCGCCCCAAUUGCCGCCAACAUGGCGCCCGGCGCGCUGCUCAAUCUUCGCCGAAAUAUAGCAGGAAGUGUGCCUGUCUGUUGUAGAGUAUCCGCAUCAAAAUUCAACACUGCUCAGAGGCUCAAAGCAUUUGGAUUUCAGCUGAUAAACUGUAUCUUUCGCCAACGUGCCUCCUACGGAGUUGUCCAUCCGGCUAUUGUUGGACCAUCCUACCCUGUACCCAAGCACAUAAAGAAACCAGACUAUGUGACGACAGGCAUUAUACCAGACUGGGGAGACUACAUCGAAAUUAAAGAUGAAGAUCAGAUUCAGGGUCUUCGACAAGCCUGUCAACUGGCUCGCCAGAUCCUCCUUUUUGCUGGAAGGAGUUUAAAGGCUGGCAUGACAACUGAGCAAUUGGAUUACAUUGUUCAUAAUGAAACUAUCAGAAAUAAUGCAUACCCUUCACCAUUGGGUUAUGGAGGUUUUCCAAAGUCCGUUUGCACCUCUGUGAACAAUGUGGUAUGUCAUGGCAUACCUGACAGCCGACCCCUUCAGGAUGGAGAUAUUAUCAAUAUUGAUGUUACAGUGUAUUUUAAUGGAUACCAUGGUGAUACUUCUGAAACAUUUUUGAUUGGAAAUGUGGAUAAAUCUGGGCAAAAGCUCGUGGAGAUUGCCAGAAGAUGCAGAAAUGAAGCAAUUGCUGUUUGCAGGCCUGGAGCACCACUGAAUGUAAUUGGAAACACAAUCAGCGAGAUAGCGCAUUCCAGUGGAUUGCAAGUUUGUCCGUAUUUCAUUGGCCAUGGGAUAGGCUCAUAUUUUCAUGGACAUCCUGAAAUUUGGCAUCAUGCAAAUACAAAUGAUCUGCUGAUGGAAGAGGGAAUGACAUUUACUAUUGAGCCAAUUUUGAUGGAAGGAUCUCCAGAAUUUAGAAUCCUACAAGAUGGGUGGACUGCUGUAUCUACCGAUAAUCUGAGGUCAGCGCAGUUUGAGCACACUGUAGUAAUAAGCUCAGAAGGAGCAGAAAUUCUAACCAAGUUGCCGCAGGAAGAUCAAGGUUAAACGGGAGAAACGGAUUGAUGCAUCCAAUGCAAUACUAGGACUUUCUGUGGAGAGGGUUUCAAGGCCGCACUGGUUGUAACAACGCCGAAGAUCAUUGAAACCAGGUCGAAUUUCACUAUAUUGGAAAUUUCCCGCGCUUUGAAUUGGAUUUUUUUUUAUCUAUUAGCAUGGUUCUUGAAAUGUAAAGAUUACUGCUCCUUUUUAAAAUAUAUUUGAGCAUAAUAAUCCAGUUAAUGCUGCCUUAAACGUUGUUGACCCCAAAUCUGCAUCUAGUCAAGAUAACUGAAAUGUUUCACGGAGCUUCCAAAACCUUUGAAAAGGAUGUUAUCUGAGUUAUCUGGCAAUAGGAAUAAUCCGGUAUGUAAAAAGAAACUUCUUAUUGACGUUUGAAUUCGAUAAUUAUUUCAAAGAGAAAGUCGAACUUCUGUAUGCGCUGAAAUAAAGAAUUGAGUUCAUUUUGCUUUUAUGCCAUUGAAAUACGACUUUGUUGAAUUGAUCGCGAUAGGAAUAACAUUUUUUUGAAAACGUCACCCAUGCUGGUGUCUACAGAUUAACCAACAAAUUAUUAGCCAUUUCAUUAAUCAAAAUUGUAACUAUUUUGUCUGCAGAUCACAGCAUUACCAAUUAAAACGAGAAUUAUUAAAAAUUGUACAGCACGUGAAGGAAUUAUUAUUGUAGUCUUGUACACCUCAAAUGUUUCAAAUAGUUGUCAUUGUUCAUGUAUGAAGGAAUAAUGUUUAAACUUUUAAAGAUGCCACGGAAUGUCUUAUUUGAAAAGUUUGUAUCUAUGUAAUAUUCUCAUAGCGAAAUAUAUGGUUAUUGGAUCGUCCAUUCUUCAUGAAAAGAUGCCUGUUUCCAGGGAAUACAUGUGCACCGGUAAUGUCAGAAACGUACUCUACUCUUUAAUUUCUCAAAUUGUCCCCACCGCACAUUAUUUACCUAUAAUUUACGACGGGAUUUCUAUUGUCUCAUGAAGAUGUUGGUUUAUCACCAUUAUUGCGUUUCACUCAUCCGCUAUAGAAAUGUAAGGCUUGUAUCUUCGAAUAAAGAUGUACUCUAAUGUAAAUAGUCAUGGACGCACAGUGGAAUGGCGAUAUUAGAGAUACCAGAUGGUAAGGCUAUACUUUCGUCGCGAACAUUAUUAUACUUCUUCCGAAAAUUUCGAUCUCGCCUGUUCCUUGUGAUAUUUGGAAUGUUUAUAUUUACAUGCUUAAUGUUAUCGGAAAAUUUACCAUACUUGUGAACUUCCUGAGAAUGUAAAAGUAUAUUUUGUAUGUUUGAGAAAGUAAGACGUGAUCGCAAAUCCCACAUAUUGCUUGCGAUUGUUCAGAUUUUUUAAAUUAUUUUCAGUGUAAUAUCUAUUUCGGGAAUUCCUAAUGGCUUAGCCAAGAUUGCUUUAUUAGCCAAAUUUUAGCAUAUUUGUGUUUUUAAAUAUCCGCUUCCCUUCUGUCUGAAUUAAUACGACUCCAGACGGCAUUUCUUUCCAGUGAUGUGACCAAGGAUGGUGUUUUGUUCUGCAACCAAUUGUUUUUUGGUUAAAGUUAAUCAGCCGACACAAGAGCUUCUAGUUGUUUUUCUGCAAUAGAAAGCCACUGGCCCCCAAGGUGAUUACAAGUGUUUGCCUAAUAUAAAAAUUGAAAUAAUGAAAAUUAUUGAAAUAUAAAUAUACCGUAAAAUACAUGCAGUCUAUAAUGAAUGGAAAAUGUGUGUUUAAACUCUAAAGCCCCCCACCCCCAGAUUUUGUGAAAAUCCAUUUCCAGCAAAACAGAAUUUAUACAAAUUAAGUCGUCACUUCGGGUGAGGGGAGGGUUAUGCUGAAGAUGAAGGCUAUAUUACUUUGUAAUGUUUCUGAUAGUCGUUAUUGCAUACUGAGAAGUGGAAGUGUGACUCUUUCAAGCAGAAAAAUAACGCUUUAUAUAGAAUUAUUUGGCCGUUUUGCCCAGUCACCAAAAUUGUAGUUCAUUUGCAGAUUGAUAUUCACCAAUGUUUUUAAAAAUCUUCAAGGUUGAGCCAUAUGUAGAAGUAAAAUUGGGGUGUGUGUUUAUUGAUGGAGGGGAUAAUGAAUGAUUGUUAAAAUAAACCCGCAUCAUUGUUAUAAGAUCGCUGUUUUCAUAUUUAACUUUUUUGGUAUGGGGCAUGGUUCAAGUUAAUUAGUCGUAAAAGCAGAAAUUUGCAGAAAAGAGAUUUGUCACUUUAAUUGUGCGUGUAAUUAAAUUAUUAAUUUAGUACGCGUGUGCAGUUAGUCAAUCAGACUGAUACACUGCGUCUAGAUGUUUUCAAAUAAGCUAAGCUGAAGUGGUGAACGAUAGCAUAAGUAAGAUCAUGUUUUGUUUAUACAUGUGAAAAUGCAAACAUUGCGACCGAUCCUAUAUCAAGCAUACUUUUGAUGUUGAAUAACGGUUUGAUUAACUGGUUUUUAAAACGAUUGUGAUUCGAUAUUAAUUGUUCCGUUUUGACGCGGGGUAAAGGCAAGUCAUGUAUGUGUACAACAGCGGAGCUCAGACAGUUCUCAAAUGUACAUGUUUCGUCAAACUUCGGAUAGUUCUCAGCUUUAAAAAAAAACUGAUGAAAACAGGUAGUAGUACUGUUGGGAUUCGUGUGGCAUCUGGACACAAUCAUACACACGUCGGAAGAAUUAAGUAAGAUUGUCACGUCAGCCCCGAGUGGUUUUCAGAACAGAUUAAUUCUGCCUGUUUACAAGAUCUUUAGAUAAAAAUGUCUCUGUUCAUUUUAAAUAUUAAAGGAACUGAACCAAAUCGACAACUGAACUGUUCGUGGUGUAAAUUUCAUCAGGAACAGGUGCCGAGAUAUUUCUGUCUUUAGUUAGCAAUAGAUUCAGAGACAGGCUUCUUGAAAUCAACCCGAGAAUUACGUAUUUAUAAUUAAUACCGCAAUAUCUGCAAUCAUAUUUUGUUCUCUGUAGAUUACGAUGCAAUUAUUACCUUUUACUCCCCCAUCCUAAUUGUCACACAUAAUUAAUAAACGGUUGUAAAUUCAACACAAACUGUAUCAUGUCUAACAUUGCUUCAAAAUACAGAACAACUUCGUGCGCUAUCUGUUGUGGUUUAAUAGUUUUAUGUAACAUGUAAUCCAAUAAAUGUGAUAGAUGUUACUUUUCCUUGUCAAAGUGUGUUCUGUAACUUAAGCUCUCAA